GAGUUUAUUUUGUAUCUUAUAAAAUUUCACACGGAAUUUAAGCGACUAAUUAAAGUUGUAAUCUCAAUUAAUUUGAUAUUUUUUUUGUUCAUUUUUUCUGAAGGGAGUUUGCAUGUUAGUAUAAACUUAUAGUAUGGAUUGUUUUCCCCCUUUUUAUUUGUUUUGUGUGGUAGUGGUAGUGUGCAGUGCACAGAGUGAAAAUGUUACAUGCCUUCUAAAGCAAGCAGACAUUCAUUCUUCUUCAGAGUAGCACCAUGGCUCAUUCCAACAUUGAAGCUGAUAAAAUGUGAGAUUUUGUGUUGUUUGAGAAAAAAUCAAUGACCUUGUGUUCUUCUAAGGGGCUGGAUGUAUAUAUACACGAUUAUCUUUUGAAGAGAAAAUUUGGUGUUUCUGCUAGGACAUUUCAAGUUGAAGCACAACUUCUCACCAAUCGUGUUGCUAUAGAUGCUCCAGGUGGUUUUCUUCUUGAAUGGUGGUCAGUAUUUUGGGAUGUUUUCAUUGCUCGGUUCAAGACCCCUCUUUCAAGCACUUCUGCAUCUUACAAUGUGGGUCAUAUGAUUAAUACAUUGGAACACAAGGAUGUCCAAGCUCAACGGCUAAAUCAAAUGCAACAGCUUAUCCAACAAAAACAACUGCAAGGUUAUGGUACUCAGCUUUUGAGGGGGACUACGAAUGAGGCUAUGACAAGACACAGUCUAGGGACAACAAAUGCUUUAACCAAAAGGGUGUACGAAAGUAACCCUCAAGUCCAGAGAAUUCUCAUAUCAGUGGCCAAUAAGAAACCCACAAAUCCAAGGGAUAGUGAUAAUAUUGAUCAGCAUUUAGACGCAAAUCACAGCUGCAUAUCAAAAGCGGAAACCUUUAGAGACCAGCAUUCGCGGCAAACCCAUCACAGUUUUCCUGGUGAUAAUUUGAGAUUUUAUCCUCCACUAGCUGAUCAAGCUCAUCAAUUCCCAGUUACACAACUGGACCAGAGCUUAACAAAUAUGAUAAUUCCUGCUGUGAGUCUCAAAGCUGCUGAGUCAGGAUCAGAUCAUGGAGUAAACAGUUUGCUUUUAAAAGGAUGGCCCUUGAUGGGAUUGGAACAGCUUCAAUCUGGACUAAUUCAGCAGAAAAGCUCUACAAUCCACCUGUCUCAUCCCUCCCAACAGCAGCUACAACAACAAAUUCUAAUGUUUCUUAGUGACCAGUAUAUGGAUAUAAGUCAAGGUGACCAAUCAAACUUCACUGCGAACAUAGUUGUGGACAGAAAUUUGCCAGUUCAAGUGGAUCUCCCGCUUUUCUCUUGUUCAGAUUCAGCUAUGCAAAUGAAGUUUAUGCAGGAAGUGCAGAACAUCAAUCAAAGUCUGGAACAAGGUCAACAGCCUGCUUUGUUUUGCAAGCAUCCAAAAAAUUCAAGUUCCAGCAGCCAACAGCAAGAUAAGAGUGUUGCUACUGGAAGCACAACCAUGGAUGUUAGCUUGUCCAACACCUUUAGAGGUGAUGAUCAGAAAUAUGGUACAAGAAAGAGGAAGCAGUUAACGUCAUCAGGUCAGAUUAACAGCAUAGGAACUGCGUACAACAUUAGUCUGUUACCAAGUUCAGCGCCUUCUACACCAUCUAUAUCCAUUGCAGAAGAUGUGAUAUCAAUGCCUGCAUUGCUUCAUGAUGAUAAUUUUUCUAAAGGUUGUGUGUAUGGCAAUGAUGUUGUUUACUCAGCUACAUUGGUAUCAACUCAAACGGUUGAUGUUCCUCUUAUAAACCACAUGUUUGCAAACAACUCUGCCGAGUCCUUCCUUUCUGACAAUGCAGAUACUGAAAGCAUAAUCCCUAGGCGCUUAGGCACCAGUAAAGAUAUUACGGUCUUGGAAAUUGGGAGUUUUCAUUCCAGUGCAGUUAAUUGCUGCAACUUUUCAUCUGAUGGAAAGCUGAUAGCAACUGGCGGGGAUAAAGAGGUUGUACUAUGGUGCACAGAUUCAAGAGCACAAAAGCAUAUACUUGAGGGGCAUUCUGAUGCAAUAACAGAUGUUCGCUUUGGUCCAAGAUUACCGCGUCUUGCUUCAUCUUCCCUUGAUAAGACAAUCAAAAUUUGGGAUGUUCAUAAUCCAGACCACUCAAUACGAAGUUUUACUGGCCAUUCUGCCUCCGUUAUAUCACUUGACUUUCAUCCUACCAAGGAGGACCUCAUCUGUUCUUGUGAUAAUGUUAGUACGAUCCGAUACUGGAGCAUUAAGAAUGGUGGUUGUGCAGGAGUGUCAAAGGUUCGUGCAACUCAAGUUAGGUUUCAGCCUAAUCUUGGGAAGUAUCUUGCUGCUGCUGAUGCGGAUGGUGUAUUGUUAUUUGAUGUGGAGACUACCCAAAUCUGUAGUUAUCCUCUGAAGGGUCACUUCUCUAUCAUCCGGGGUAUAUGCUGGAGCAGCUCUGGUGAGUAUCUAGCUUCAGUUAGUGAAGAUACGGUAAAAGUCUGGAAGAUUGGCUCUAGUGGAGAGCAAGAGUGCAUGCAUGAGCGAAGCGUAACAGGCAAAAGAUUUCAUUGCUGCACAUUUCAUCCUUGUUACCCUUCUGUAUUAGUGGUUGGUUCAGAUCAGUGCCUGGAGUUUUGGCAUAUGGCUGAGAACAAGAUGAUGAUUGUGCUGGAAGAACCUGUGAAUAGUUUAGCCGCGUCACAGCCCACUGGUGUAGUAGCUUCUGCCAUUGACAAUAAUUUAAUCAGAUUGUGGAAAUGAAAAUUUAUUUCCAUCAACUUCAACUUGGAGAAAUCUGAAUAGAUAGAGUGAAAAUCUGUUUUACCAUGUUUUGCAUUUACACCACACCUACCAAUAUGAACAGAAAUGUGGUUAUGUUAGGUAAGCACCUCUGGGGAAACUGUAGGUAACAUCUCUUUUUUUGCUGAAUUUGAAUCUAAACUAUGUAAAUGUGUUAAAAACAAACGUCUCCCAUUUUAUCCAUAUCUCAUCAGAGUGAGUCGUGAUUUCGUA